CGCGCGCACGCAGGGUUCGGGCCGGCUCCCCUCGCUGCGCUCCGCCAUGGGCAAGAUCAACAUCAUGAGCACGGCCGAGGACUUCGCCGACCAGUUCCUGAGGGUGACGAAGCAGUACCUACCCCACGUGGCCCACCUGUGCCUCAUCAGCACCUUCCUGGAGGACGGCAUCCGCAUGUGGUUCCAGUGGGGCGAACAGAGGGAUUACAUCAACAGCACGUGGAACUGUGGCUAUUUCCUGGCCUCCAUCUUCGUGUUCAUAAAUCUCUUUGGACAGCUGAGUGGCUGUAUCCUGGUACUCAGUAGGAACUUUGUGCAAUAUGCCUGCUUUGGACUGUUUGGAAUUAUAGCAUUACAGACUAUUGCGUACAGCAUUCUAUGGGACCUGAAGUUUCUGGUGAGGAACCUUGCCCUCGGGGGAGGCUUGCUGCUGCUUCUGGCCGAGUCGCGCUCGGAAGGGAAGAGCAUGUUUGCUGGGGUGCCCACCAUGCGGGAAAGCUCUCCCAGACAGUACAUGCAGCUGGGCGGCCGCGUGCUGCUGGUCCUCAUGUUCAUGACGCUGCUACAUUUCCACCUGAACUUCUUUUAUAUUUUGCAGAACAUUGUGGGCACAGCCCUGAUUAUCUUAGUGGCAAUUGGCUUCAAGACUAAGCUGGCUGCCUUGACGCUCGUCAUCUGGCUCUUUGGCAUCAACAUCUACUUCAAUGCCUUCUGGACCAUCCCAGUGUACAAGCCCAUGCAUGACUUCCUCAGAUACGAUUUCUUCCAGACCAUGUCUGUAAUUGGAGGGCUCCUCCUCGUGGUUGCACUGGGUCCUGGUGGAGUCUCCAUGGAUGAGAAGAAGAAAGAGUGGUAACAGGAGCAGCAACACUUCUUGGGACAUAACAUAUUAAGUCCAGAACUGAUUCUCUAUGGAUUCAACAAAAACUGCCAGCAUUUUACACUACAUGCCCCCUUCUUAUUAAAGGCACAGAUGUUUCAAGAAUUUGAUUUACAGUGGCACCAGUAAUCUGAUAGAUAAAGUCCCACUUCAAGGAAUGUUGCCUAGGUUUAUUGUUCUAACUUCCUAGAAUUGGAACUAACCCAAGGAGCCUGCACUUCACUGAUGCAUCAGUGAACUGCAGUUGCUGUUUCUGUCAGCAGUGUUUUAAUUGGAAGUACUGAGAGCAGAUACAGCAGUUUUGCUCAGUGCUGUUGGGUUUUAGCUGUAACUCAAGUAGGCCCCUCUCUCACCCUCAUCAGAACUGUGUUGUGUAUAAGGAGCUCAGCUGCUGGUUGUAGCAUCGCUUCUCUGAGUGGAAAACAGCAUCAAGAGAACAUGCUGUUAUGUAGCUAUGUAUUUUUUUUGAUAAAAUGGUAUUAUAGGCCUCUGAGAAAGGAGACUUUUAUUGCUGCCAUGUAGAAGGCAGAAAGGAGACCCUGGAAGUAGCUGUACCCUUCUUUAGGUGAGAAAGAGAGGUUUUCUAAUGCUAAGGUUCACAGUACUGUUCUUGAGGGGAGCAAGGGGAAAUUCUGUAUUGCUCAUCAGAUUUCAAGAAGGGAGGGGGAAGCGACUUCUGAAGAGACUGAAUAUUAGAUUCUAAUAAAAUUCUGUGCCAAAUAACUCUUUAUUCACUGCUCUGUCCACAACGAUUUUUUCCUCCUAAAUUUCCACUGUGGGAGCCAAGUUGUGCUCCAGCUCCCACAAUAAAAGGUCCUUUCUGCUAUCGACCAGCCCCCUUUUGUGUAUGCCCCAGAUCAGGAUCUGAACUACAGGUUGUUACUGGUGACAGUGUCUUUAAGAGCUACGCAAACUCCCCCUGCCCUGUUUUGUUUUUAACUCUUGCCCUCAGUAGAUGCAAGUUGAGCGCAGUCAGUCUCCGAAUGUGCAGCGCUCUCUGCUUCCCAGCCUUCCGUUAGCUUCUCUGCUGCAAAAGCUUCAGGUGACUGAAGAGCUGGAGUGCUCCUGAGCUGAGCCCAAGCCCCUUCUCUGCAGCAUCUUGGACCACAGUGAGGUGUGGAGAGAAGAAGGUGGCAGAAAGGUAACGGUUCUUGCUGAAGAACACAAGUACAAAAGCUGUGCAGUGAACACGCCGUCAGGAGUGGGUAACCUGCACCUUCAGAGGGAGGAACUCUGGCUUAAUGGUGAGGAGAGAUAAAAAACCUGAUUCCACCUCUCAGUGCCACCACCUCUGUGCCAUGAACAUGCUCUGUUAGUGCUGCUAGGAAGAGAAAUUGUUUUUCUUAUCCUCUGCUAGUAAACUUGGGUGAGCCUGUUAGCGUAGAUCACAAAAGCAUUUCAGGUUCCAGAGAGGAGAGGUUAGCUUGCUAACAUUGCACUGUUGUCUCCUUCAAGAAAGCUGCUCAGCUGCCUGUCAAGGAGUCAUUCAGCCGAAUGCCUCCUGCAGGGACUAGUGCCAGGCUGUCUGGUAGGGCCACUAACGGUUCAGCUUAGCAGUUAGAAAACUCCGCUCGGAAGGGAUGGCAGAGAGAGGGCAUUUCCGGUUGUUAAACCAGUGAUUUCAUCAUUUUAAGGGGAAAAAAAACCCCUACGUGCUGCUGCUGAAGAAAGCUUACUGGUUUGGGGGGAGUAGACUGGAGAGGAAACCAGCAUAGGUCACAGGGAAGGCUUCUUCCUCUAAAAUAGGUUUUGCAGGAGAGAAUUUUUCACCUCGAGUGUUCCCAUUGUGCCUGUCUCUUCACAGCAAAACAAACUGGUCCUGUCAACUCCUGAUAUGCAACCCGGGAUCUUUUUGCUUCAUUUCCCUGCAGUUUCUAUAAAUAGCUAUUUUUGACUAUAUCAAAGCAGCCCUUCUCACAUAUCUGUUGAUGUUCAUACUAUUUAUAAACUGAAUAGCAGACACAAGUUUUGUAAGAAGCACUUGGUUAACUAUUCCUUUUUUCCUUCUUUCUUUGCAUUAUGUCUAAGAAGGUGGAUGACUGACUAGUCUGAAUCACUGACUAGAUUCCUCCUUGUGAAAAUGAAGUCCAGUAAAAGACAAAUCAGUUGAGGUACCAGACAAGGGAGUGAUAUUGUCCCUUCGAGUAGAAGUCUUACA